AAUAGGUUGACACUAUAUAUAAGUAAAAAUAGAGUUCCAUUUGUCCCCCUUUCAUAAAAAUCAUUUAGCCAAUAGCAUCUCAAAAAACUCAACGUAAGAGGAAUUAGGGUUUUGAUUUCGGGUCAAUUCAAAUUUCAAUCAGCUCCGUAGAUCCGAAUUCGGAUUAAAUUCUUCAAUUGGAGAACAAACGUGAUUCGUUGCUUCGUCGGAACCCUAAUUCGCUUCUCCGAUCUCUUCGGAAUAAUCCAGAAAUAAUGCUCUUUCUAUGUGCUGGGAGCUAGUUGAUGGAUCCAGACAGCAAGAAGUUUGGAAGAGGGCCAAGAGAACUUACAGGUGCUGUGGAUCUUAUUAAUCACUUCAAGUUGUUGCCUCAUCACGAGUUCUUCUGCAAGAAGCCCCUUCCAUUGUCCAUUUCAGAUACACACUACCUUCACAAUGUGGUGGGAGACACAGAGAUUAGGAAAGGGGAAGGGAUGCAGUUGAAUCAGCUUAUACAGGAUACGUCGUCUUUAAAAGAGAAAAAUUCGCGCAUUCAACAAUUUGACUUAGAUGCUCUUAGAGAAGCUUUUCAACUACGUGAAACAGCUCCAAUUGAUCUGCCUCCUUCUGAAAAAGGGAUCUCCACUGUAGCUGGAAAGUCUAAAAGUGAGUUGAAAGACAAGGAGAAGAAGCAUAAGAAGCACAAGGAUAAAGACAAGGAGAAGGACAAAGAGCAUAAGAAGCACAAACACCAUCAUAAAGAUCGAAGUAAAGACAAGGAUAAAGAGAAAAAGAAAGAUAGAACUGGCCAUCACGAUUCUGGUGCUGACCAUUCAAAGAAACAUCACGAAAAGAAAAGAAAGCAUGAUGGCGAGGAGGGUCUUAAUGAUGUUCACAAACACAAGAAAAACAAGCACAAGAGCACAAAGAUUGAUGAAAUUGGUGUAAUGAAGGCUGCCGGCUGAUAUGUUGCAUGUGCUACUAUAAUUUAUUGUCCUCGGGUGUUGCAGUUAAGAAUUUGGAGGCAUCCUUUUCUUAAUAUUGUAAAAUAAUCCGAGGUAAAGAAGUUCUUGUCCUACUAAAUCCCACCAAUCGAAGAAUGUAUGGCAUGCCCAAGUGUUUCCAUCUGUGCCAUCUAAUAUACAAGGUCUAUAUCCUAAUGGCAUUUGUUUUACAAAUAUUCGCUUUUUGGGGAAAAAGGAUUGACUAGUUAAUGACGCCAAAAGCUGUUUGGGCAGCCUGUUUUGUAGCCAUUAGUUGCUCAUUAGGUUCAUAUUUAUGACUAAGACAUGCUUUAAAAUAUUUCAGCUUGUGGAUUUUGAACGAUUUACAUUUGUUGGAUAAAACGCAGAUUCUUAAUCUCAUGUGCUUAUCAAAAACAAAAGAAAAAAGUUCUGUGUAUCUGACUGACUGUAGGUAUAUAUGUUCUAUUGCAGAAUGGAAGGGUUGCCGAGACUUGAAAAACAAUAAGAAAUUAGAAUAGUUACUAGACUUACUUUUUUACGUGCGUUAUUUCGCCUUGCAUUCUAUUGUUAGUAUCUAUCUACUUUUGCUGUUUCUAACCAAGAACUGAGUAGCUCAUCAUGGUAUUUGUCCCCUCUUGUGUUGCGUAAUGUUUCUGUUUCUCGUUUCCAUGCAGAAUAGCUUCUGGACUAACUAAAGAAUGCCAAGAGGGUGAAUUCACCGGUUGAAAUAGAUUUUAGUGAAAGAUACAAGAGUGCUGAAAACACCCUCAUUGUGUCAUAUUAGAAGGGCUUCUUUAGUUAGCAAUGACAUUGUGAGGGUUCUUGCCUUACUAUAAUUGAUUAUUUGCUCUGUCAUUCCCCAUCUAUCGGGGACUCUAAUGUCGAUUCUUAGUCUUCACCAGUUACAACACUGGUUAAUAAGAAAGUAUUGAAGGUUGAGAUGUGUGUUGGUUGGGUCUCGUCAUGUAUCGAGCUUGAACUCGUCAGCCUUUAUACAUAGAAAGAGGAAGAGGGGGCAGGACUAGUUUUUUUUUUUCAAGUUAUAGGAUAUGUGUUGUAUGAGGAAUAUUGGUUGCUAGGGGUGAAGUUUUUUUGUUUUUGUUGUUGUAUAUUCUAGGUUAAAAGGAAACCAAGUAAAUUCUUUCAGACAGUAAUACUUGCUCCAGGACUUAAUGUAUCAUUAUUCAUUAGUGAUGAACAUGUAAAAUUUUGGCACUUGUUGUACUAUUUGAAAGCUGCAGUUGCUGCAAAUGAUUGACUUGAUAUUGAUGAGGUUUUCUCCUCCA